CAAUAGUGAGUGUUGCUGCAUUCCCAAAGGGGGAGUUGGCGGCGGAAGACCGUUUAAAAGCCAGUGAGCGUUGAGUGGCCUCUUUCGAGACGCAUCAAUCAACAUGAUCCCAAUUGUGUUGGCCUCACUUCUCAUUGCUGCUGCCCUCGGGUGCGGCACGCCGCCCGUGGAGCCUCGGACCUCCCGUGUGGUCAACGGCGAAGACGCUAGGCCUCACAGCUGGCCUUGGCAGAUUUCUCUUCAGUAUGAGAGGGAUGGAGAGUGGAGGCACACUUGUGGCGGAUCUCUGAUUGCUGACAACUGGGUCAUGACAGCCGCUCAUUGCAUCAACAACAAGCUGUCCUACAGGGUGUUUGUGGGCAAACACAACCUGGUGGAGGAAGAGGCCGGCUCCAAGGCCAUCCUGCCCGAGAAGAUCAUUGUGCACGAGAAAUGGAACCCCAUCUUUGUGGCUUUUGGAAACGACAUCGCCUUGAUCAAGCUGUCCGAGCCGGUGACUUUGAGCGACCAGGUUCAGCUGGCAUGCGUUCCCCCCGCUGACACCCUCUUGACCAACCUCUACCCCUGUUACAUCACUGGAUGGGGUAGACUGUACACCGGAGGCCCGAUUGCUGAUAAGCUGCAGCAGGCUUUGAUGCCGGUGGCUGACCACCCCACUUGCUCGCAGCCUGACUGGUGGGGCAUCGCUGUCAGGACCAGCAUGGUGUGUGCUGGUGGCGAUGGAAUCGUGGCUGGAUGCAAUGGAGACUCAGGCGGACCUCUGAACUGUAAGAACAUGGAGGGUACCUGGGAGGUCCACGGCAUUGCCAGUUUUGUCUCCGGCUUGGGAUGCAACUACGCGAAGAAGCCCACCGUCUUCACCCGCGUGUCCGCCUUCAACGACUGGAUUGAUCAGGUUAUGAUGAACAACUAAAGAGAAUGAAGUGUCAAUAAAUCCACACAAGUCUG